AUGCGGCUACUGCUUGUCGCUCUACUCCUAAUCGGGGUCGGGGCAUGGAGAUCGGCAAAGUCCUUUAAAAACCCCGGAAUUCCAAGCCGACAUCCCCUUCGAGAUCCGAUCACCCUCAAGAAUUACGACUACAAUUUUUGGGAGAAAACGGCUAGCAAGUCCAGCAACAACGUUUUCCAUUCCCAAAACGGCUAUAAAUGGUCAGAAGAGUGGUAUAAAGAAAUGCCGGUUGACCACUUCGCGUAUACGGACAACCGAACUUUUGAAUUACGCUAUUUCAUCAACACUGAAUCUUACAAGCCUGGUGGUCCGAUCCUCUUUUACACCGGAAAUGAGGGGUCUUUGGAGAGCUUUGCAGAGAAUACGGGCUUCAUGUGGGACAUUGCCCCGGAAUUCAACGCGGCUGUCGUUUUUGCGGAACAUCGCUUUUAUGGAAAGUCCAAGCCUUUUGGAGAUGAUAGUUAUAAGGCAACGAAAUAUUUGGGUUAUCUCAGCUCUCAACAAGCUCUUGCCGAUUUCGUGGUGUUGAUCAACCAUUUAAAGGACACUAGGAUCAAAGACGCUCAAAAAUCUCGCGUGAUCGCCUUUGGUGGUAGUUACGGUGGUAUGCUAUCCGCUUGGCUGAGGAUUAAAUAUCCUCAUGUUGUUCAAGGAGCCAUUGCCGCAUCCGCGCCUGUCUUUUGGUUCCAAAAUUCUGGUAUCCAAGAAGAUAUCUAUGAUCGUAUUGUUACAAGAUCUUUUGUCGGGUCUGGCUGUAAUUUCAAGGCGAUUGAAGGAGGCUGGGGCGCAAUUGCUAGCCUGGCGGAAACUGAAAACGGCCGGGCCUACUUGAACGAUCUCUUCCACCUCUCUUCUGAAUCAACGGUUCAAGCGAAGACUGACGCGACUUGGUUGAUUGGAUACAUUCGAGAAGCCAUGGAAAGGUGGCCGGUUCAGGAAACGUGCAAGAAGCUGAAAACAGUUCCGGACACUCCGGAAAAAUUGGCCGCGCAGAUGUACGAGACCCUUUGCGCAAAUCCCGCGAAUUGUGCGGGUGCGUUCGCGGCUCUUGGAGACGUACAGGGAUGGACAUGGCAGACCUGCACCGAAAUGGUGAUGCCACUCUGCGCGAACGGCCCUCCAAGCGACUUCUUCUGGAAGGAUUGCCCCUUCUCGACCCAGCAAUAUGCAAAGACUUGUACUGAUAUGUUCGGAGCACGUGGAUAUGAUCGAACGAUGAUGCGUCCGGACUGGGCUAUCCAGCACUAUGGCUCAUACUUCCCCACUGCAUCUAACAUUGUUUUCAGCAACGGCUUCCUGGACCCGUGGUCAGGUGGUGGCUGGGCUUUGAAGCCAAAGACCGAGGGAAGCCUGGUUAGCUUGAUCCUACUGGAAGGAGCACAUCAUUACGACCUGCGAGGAGCUAACGAAAAGGAUACCGAUGAGGUGAAAAAAGUACGUGAAGAAGAGAAGAAGCAAAUCGCCAAAUGGAUUAGCCAGCCCUUG